UAGCAGGUGUUUCUCUGAAAAGAUGUAGGCUAUGGCUUGUAUUUAAGCUGAAUUUCACGUCAAAUUACACAUACGCAAACUGCGUUUUGAGGUCUGAAGAAUCUGAUAAUGGCCAUUAAGGAACUGACAUUUGUGGUGUGUUUUUGGAUCGUCUGUGGGCAUGAAUUCUUCUCAUCGACAGAUCAAAUUGCACAGCUUUUUGAGAUGAAGAAAAACCUUCUGAUGAGCUUGAGUCAGUGCAUUGAUGCUGAAGAAAAGGAUGUGGAGAUGAAGAGUGCUCUUCAGAAUCUUCUACUUUCAUACUCUGAAUCCGAGGACCCUGAGAAAGCCGUGAGAGAUCCUGUGGCAGCUUACAAACUCCUCAGAAGAUUGAGAAAUGAAUUGAUUACUAUUAUAGAACACUUUCAGUUGAGUUAUCAGUGUAACACGUAUCAGGAUGACUUCCUAGAGAUCCCACAAAUGGAGGACUUGGAUGGUGCUGCUUUAGGAUUAAUCAGACUGCAAGAGAUCUACAAAUUUUACCCACACAACAUCUCAAACAAAACAUCUCUAAAUGCGGAUGAAGCAUACCAUGUGGGAUGGGUUGCUUACGAAGAGCGCAAAUUCCAGCAUGCCUUUCUCUGGUUUCUGUACAGUUUGAACAAAUUAGCAAAAAGCUCAAUGACUUCAGAGAAAGAGUUGCUCUAUUACCUCAAUUCCUCAGCCUAUUGGUUUGGCAGCCUACCUCAAAACUACUACGACCAAGAGCUUCUGAAUCUGGAUCAAAUUACACAGCUUGUUGAGAAGAAGAAAGACCUUCUGAUGAGCUUUAGUCAAUACAUUGAUGCUGAGGAAAAGAAUAUAGAGACAAUGAAGAGUGUUUAUCUGAAUCUUCUGCUUUCGUACUCUGACCCUGUGGACCCUGAGGAAAUCAUGAGAGACCCUGUGGCAGCUUACAAAUUCCUCAGUCAACAGAGAGAUGAAUUAAUGAAUAUUGUAAAACACAUUCAACCCAGUUUUUAUCAAUGUAACGAGUAUCAGGAUGAUUUGGAGUUCUUUGAGAUCCCACAGCCAGAGGAUUUGAAUGGUGCAGCUUUAGGACUGAUCAGACUGCAAGAGAUCUACAAACUCUACCCAGAAGACAUCAUGAAGGAAAUGUCAUUAAGUGCAGAUGAAGCUUACCAUGUUGGGCUGGCCGCUUACAACGAGGACAAAUUCCAGCAUGCCUUUCUCUGGUUUCUGUACAGUCUGGACACAUUAACAGAAUACUCCGCCAUUACUGAGGAAGAGUUGUUAAAUGUUCUUAUAUUCUCAGCCUAUCAUUUCGGCAGCCUACCUGUGGCCAUCUACUUCAACAGAGAGCUUCUUAAUAUUGAUCCAACUAAUGAAGAAGUCAGAGAUCAGCUGAACAUACUCCUUCACUCACAGAGAACUUCAAACCCUGACAUAUUCAUACUGAACACAGAGUCGAGUAACUAUGAGGCACUGUGCAGAGGAGAGGUUGAUGAGAGGACCUCCAAGAGGCAGAGGGCGCUGUCCUGUAGGUACAGCACAGGUGGAGGAAACCCCAGACUGAUGUACGCACCGGUGAAAGAGGAAGUGGAGUGGGAUGAGCCUCGAAUCAUCAGAUAUCAUGACAUUAUUUCAGACCGAGAGAUAGAGAUCCUGAAGAAUAUCUCCAGACCUCUACUUUCUAGAUCGAAGGUUUAUGAAGAUGGACAGGGAGCAAUCUCAAAACACCGUGUUUCUCAAAGUGUUUUUUUACAAGAUGACCCUGUGUCUGCUCGAGUCAGUCAGAGGAUUGCAGAUGCUACUGGACUCUCCGUGGAAACAGCUGAACCACUGCUUGUUCAGAAUUAUGGGAUUGGUGGCAUAUUUGAACCACAUUAUGAUGCACUGGAGACAGGAGAGAAUGACAGGAUUGCUACAUUCCUAAUUUAUAUGAGUGAUGUGGAGAUAGGAGGCGCCACCGUCUUCCCUGACGUCGGAGUUGCGGUGCAGCCAGAAAAGGUAAACCCUUAA